AUGGCACCUCGGGAAAAUUCUCACGAGCCUUCCGGGACGCCUGUGCCCGUAGAAACAGGCUUUUCCACAUUGGCACAGCUGAGGGUUGGUGUAAAGGCAUGGGUUGAAAAGGAUGGCGAGAAACGCAAAGCUGAAAUUCUGUCGGUAGCAGUUCGCAAAGGCGGUACAAAGUUCUAUGUGCACUACGAAGAGUUCAACAAACGUCUUGAUGAAUGGAUUGAUGCGAAUCGUAUCGAUCUCUCGAGAGAAGUCGAAUGGCCAGCUCCAGAAAAGCCAGACAAGAAGAAGAGCUCUGCUGCUAAGAACGACAAAGCGCCUUCCAAGUCUGAUCAGAAGAGUCUCAAACGAUCCCGCAGUAAACUCGACCGAGAAAUAUCAGGAACGCCAGAAUCUACUUCCAGCAAUGUCCCAGGUAAGGCCCAGCGGCCGUCCAAAGCAGGAGGUAAAGAGAACCAAGAGCUGCUUGUCACGAGCGAAGUCACAGAUGGCACGCCCAAGCCCGAAGAUGAGGAAAUGGACCUCGUCGACGUGCAAGACGCUGCGGCUGCUGCAAAAGCCAUGCCAGACACAAACUACACGCGCGAAGACGAAAUUGAGAAAUUGCGCACCUCAGGCUCCAUGACGCAGAAUCAAACUGAAAUAUCCCGCGUACGUAACUUGGAGAAGAUCCAAAUGGGCAAGUUCGAAGUCGAACCCUGGUACUUUUCUCCCUACCCCAUCGACUUUGUAGACUCGGAGGUGGUCUAUAUUUGCGAAUUCUGCUUAAGCUAUUACGGCGAAGUCACCCAAUUUGAGCGCCACCGCACAAAGUGCACUCUCCUGCAUCCUCCUGGCAAUGAGAUCUACCGCGAUGACUAUGUGUCUUUCUUCGAGAUCGAUGGGCGGCGCCAACGCACAUGGUGUCGGAACCUCUGUCUCCUCUCCAAGUUAUUCCUGGACCACAAGACACUGUACUACGAUGUCGACCCCUUCCUCUUCUACUGCAUGUGCACCCGUGACGAACACGGCUGUCACUUCGUCGGUUACUUCUCCAAGGAAAAGGAAUCAGCCGAAGGCUACAACGUAGCCUGUAUCCUCACGCUCCCACAAUACCAACGCAAAGGUUUUGGCAAACUCCUCAUCGACUUCUCCUACCUCCUAUCCAAACGGGAGGGCCGUCUCGGCUCGCCUGAGAAACCCCUCUCUGAUCUCGGGCUCCUAGGCUACCGCGCCUAUUGGCAAGAGAUCUUGGUCGAUUUGUUAAUGGAACCUGGGCGCCAGGAAGCGAAUAUCGAGGACUUGGGCGCUGCGACUGCCAUGACGACAAACGAUGUGUUGCAUACACUGCAGAAUCUGAAUAUGCUGCGGUACAGCAAGAAUCAACAUGUAAUCGUGCUUACGGAUCAGGUGAUUGCCCAGAGGGAGCGGCAGAAGAAGAAAGAGGCGCUCAAGGGCAAGAGGAGCAUUGAUCCCGACAGACUCAUUUGGAAACCCCCAGUCUUUUCGGCUGCGAGUCGGACGUGGAAUUGGUGA